AUGAAUCUUAAUCAUCUUGAAGGAUUUGUGAUCGGUCAUAGCGACCCAACGAACGAGUUGUACGAGGAGGGGUGUGACUUGGAGGAGCUACGAGCUCUUUCCAAGCUUAGAUGUCUGAGAAUAUACCGGCUAGAGAGGGCAGUAACGAGAGUCUCAGUAUUCGUGGAUAAAAUUCUUCUCAAGGAGUUGACUUUAUAUUGGAUAUCUCCAGAAGAAGAUGGCGAUGAUGAGGGGGACGAUGGUGAGGGUGAUGGAGAUGGCAGAAACUACGAUGAUGAUGAUGAGGAAGGAAAUGAAGAGGACAACGGAGAUGAGGAUGAGGGCCAUGGAGUCACAUGGACUGAGCAGCAGUUCCAGGCAGUUGAGAAGUUAUGCGAUGAACUCUCUCCCCCAUCCAGCCAGCAAGAUCUUACCAUUCGACGAUUCCCCGGUCGGCAACUCCCAUGCUGGUUGAUGUCAACCUCACUAGACAAAUCCUUCCCUAAUCUGGCAUUUUUGAGGUUUUGGUACCUCAAAUCAUGCACGGAACUGCCUCCUCUAGGCAUGUUGCCCCUUCUAAAACAUCGUGACAUCACCGGCGGUGAAGCCAUCAAAACCAUUGGGCCUGAGUUUCUGGGCCGCAAGUUCCCUGGAGCUUCCGCAUUUCCAAAACUUGAACAUCUGGAGUUUGACGAAAUGCCCAACUGGGAAGAAUGGUCAGUAUGCGGGAUGGAAGAAAAAGGUCAGGGACCGCACCUCAAGCUCUUUCCUAAUCUGAAGAUAUGCAAGAUGAUAGACUGUCCGAAACUGAGAGCUCUUCCAGAAGGCCUAUCCCAUGCUACCAAGUUGAAGGAAUUGUAUCUUGAUAGUACUCAAGACUUGAGAGAAAUCACAAACCUCCGCUUGAAUUACAAGCUCGAGGUCAAAGAUAACACGAUGCUGAAUAGAUUAUCCAACCUUUCCAUGAAGUAUCUGAAGGUGGAAGAUUGUCCGAAUCUGGAGUACGUGGAGAAUCUCGACAGGUUGCAACAGCUGGUCCUGAUAUGUCCACGACAAAUGAAGCAACUUCCGCAGUGGCUGUCAACCCUAAUUCAGCAGCGCCAAAGCAUUCCUUCUGCUCAGUGGAGCUUCAGAAAACUGGAACUGCAAUGCAACACCGUGCUGCUGAAGAGUUGUCUCGAGGGCAACGAGAAUUGGCAUAUCAUUCAACAGAUUCCAGAUGUCAUAAUUCAAACCUAUUCCAGGAAAAGUUAUAUUCGAUACAGCAAGCAUCCACGCAUGUACGAUGCAAAAGUAUGAUGAAUUCGUCGUUCCGGAUCAAUAAAAGGCCUCUGCCUGGUUAUUCUACUUAUAGAUAUUUUGAGAAUAAAGAAGCUAUUUGGAGCAGGGAUUCGAUGAUGUCGUCCUACUAUCAAGACUGUAUGCUUGUUUGUUUCCUUCUACGUAACUUACUUGUGUAUUUGCACCUACGCAAUAAUUUAUCUUUCCCAAAGAAUUUAGAACAAAUGAUGCGGUCAUGUAAAUAGUAUGAAGGCGUUGUCCAUAGGCAGUAGCUCAGCAUGAAGAUGUUGUCACUGAUCCAUAUACGGAGAUGGCACAGGGAAAUGAUUGACAAGAAUCUACUGACAAAUUUUCGUGCCUCAUCGCAAGUACAUUACUCUUCCCUUUUC